AUGUCCUUCUUACUUCCUGGUCUUCGUAGGGGCUUUAUGCUCAGCACGCCACUCAUCUUGUCGACGCCUUUACUGGCGUAUCAGUUCCGAAAUGCGCAGCGCAUACGAUGCGAUGGUCCGGAUCCAAUCACCAAGAUCAAAAAUGACCUCACAAACAACUACACAAAUGAAGCGAGAACACCAGUCAUCACUCAAUCAGGUGCCAUGAAUCCACAGGCGGUUCGUCAAAUUAGCAUGGGAAGCAUUCUGGGUGUGAUUGGAGGACUAGGAAUCAGCGUGUUCAGCAAGCCAUUGGCUGUACUGAUUGGGCUGGGGAUCUUUGCUUUGCAGUUCAUCGAGUCGCGAGGUAUCCACGUCAUUCCGUACUCAUUCCUGGAGCGCCGGGUAAAGUCGAUGAAUGUCCGAUCACUAGUACGCGACAACGUUGCCUUCAAGUUGUCUUUCGGCCUAACCUUCGCAAUGGCCGCAUUUGCCGAGUUUUAA